AUGAAUCAUCAAAAGGUUAAAGUUGUUGCUGUAGCCGAAGCAUUAGGCUUAUUAGAUCCACCGAAGGCAAAACGAAGGUAUUGGGUACACCCACUAAAUACGGAUCGUGAGAAAAUAGGCCAGUUUACGACAUUUUUUGAAAAUAUUAGACUAUAUCCUGAUAAAUUCUUUGAGUAUUAUCGUAUGUCAAUUUCAAGUUUUGACGAGUUGCUAAAAACUCUACGGCCACAUAUAACGAAAAAUACCACCGAAUUUCGUAAUCCGAUAUCUGCUGAGGAACGUCUAACAAUUACUUUAAGAUAUUUAUCAACUGGUACGUGCUUCGCUGCAUUAAAAUUUGAUUUUUGUGUGGGAAGAAGUACGAUUGGAGUGAUCGUAAAAGACACUUGUAAAGUGAUAUGGUCAACUUUAAAUUCGAAAGAGAUGCCUAAACCGACCAAAGAAGAUUGGGUGGAAAUAUCAAAUAUAUUUUAUUCUAAAACCAAUUUUCCCAAUUGUCUAGGAGCAAUAGACGGCAAACAUAUAAGGUGUAGAAAUCCUAACAACUCCGGUUCGUUGUACUUUAAUUAUAAGAAGUAUUUCUCUAUCGUUUUGAUGGCAAUAGUUGAUGCAAAUUUGAAUUUUGUUGUAAUCGAUGUUGGUUCAUAUGGUCGUGAAGGGGACUCCAAUGUGUUCAAGGAGUGUGCUUUUGGUAAACAAUUAUAUGAAGGCAAAUUGAACAUACCUGAACCAGUUACUUUACCAAAUACAAGUACCAACCCACAACCGUAUGUGUUUAUUGGGGAUGAAGCGUUUGCUUUACAUACCAAUUUACUUAGACCGUACCCUGGACGUAACCUUACUGAUUCCCGAAGAGUGUUCAACUACCGAUUAUCUAGAGCAGUGGUUCCCAACCUUUUUACCACCACGGACCACUUCGACAAUAUUUUAUAGGUCGCGGACCACCUCAAUUUUACGAAAACUAGGAAGACCUUUU